AUGACAAAACCGAUGGCUCCAAGGGUAGCACAUUGGCUUCUCAAACUAUUGGAAUAUGAAUAUGAAAUAAUACAUCGUGCGGGGUCAUCGAUGGGUCAUGUUGACGCAAUGAGUCGUGCGCCGAUUAAAGGUUUGGCACAGGUCGAAGAUGUCAGUGCAAAGGUUCUAAUGUUGUCAGUUGAUGACUGGGUGCAAACCAUGCAGAAACAAGAUAUCAAACUAAAAGCAAUAAUUGAAAUUCUGCAAAUUGCGGAUGGAAAACGAAGAGAUAUCAGUUCCGAUUACUGUCGGUCAUCCUGGAAUCAUCUCGGGCCAUUUGUUAAGAGUCGUCGCGAUUAUGAGUACGUUCUCAUUAUAGUGGAUGCACUUACGAGAUAUUCUGUUGUAGUUCCAACUCGUUCAACGAAAGUCAAACCGGUAAUAGAUGCAUUGAAUCACUUGACUCUUUACUUCGGUUUACCACAACGAAUUGUGACAGAUCGUGGCACUGCUUUUACGUCUGCGGCCUUCGGUAGCUUUUGUGGGUCGAAUAGCAUUCAGCACAUUAAAGUGGCAGUGCGAACACCUCGUUCAAAUGGUUUAGCAGAGCGGGUGAACCAGGCAGUACUGGCAUACUUAAGAACAUCGUCAAAUGAUGCCAAAGAUUGGGAUACGCAAAUCCGCAUGUUACAGUGA